UUACGUAACUAACCUAGAAAAGCCUGUAUAUAAAAAUGUCCUCCUCCUAAACCCUAACCCAUAGAGUGAAAAAGUGAGGCUCGGCUGAAAAAUUUCAUCGCCUCCAUUGAGUUCCGUCGAACAUGAAGUUCAACAUUGCGAACCCGACAACUGGGUGCCAGAAGAAGCUCGAGAUCGAUGAUGAUCAGAAACUCCGAGCUUUCUUUGACAAAAGGAUCUCCCAGGAGGUUAGCGGAGAUGCUUUGGGAGAUGAGUUCAAGGGAUACGUUUUCAAGAUCAUGGGAGGAUGUGACAAACAAGGUUUCCCAAUGAAGCAGGGAGUUUUGACUCCAGGCCGUGUUCGUCUUCUGCUUCACCGAGGUACUCCUUGCUUCCGGGGUUAUGGUAGGCGAAAUGGCGAGCGAAGAAGGAAGUCUGUCCGUGGUUGCAUUGUUAGUCCUGACCUUUCAGUUCUGAAUUUGGUUAUUGUGAAGAAGGGUGAGAAUGAUCUGCCCGGUCUGACAGACACUGAGAAGCCAAGGAUGAGAGGACCCAAGAGGGCUUCCAAGAUCAGGAAGCUCUUCAACCUUUCAAAGGAGGAUGAUGUCAGGAAGUAUGUCAAUACCUAUCGCCGAACAUUCACGAACAAAAAGGGGAAGGAGGUAAGCAAGGCUCCUAAGAUCCAGAGGCUGGUAACACCAUUGACCCUCCAGAGGAAGAGAGCAAGAAUCGCCGACAAGAAGAAGAGAAUUGCCAAGGCUAAGUCAGAAGCUGCUGAAUAUCAGAAGCUUUUAGCGACUAGGUUGAAGGAGCAAAGGGAAAGGCGAAGUGAGAGUUUGGCGAAGAAGAGGUCUAGACUUUCUGCCGCUUCCAAGCCAUCUAUUGCCGCGUAAGAUCAUUGAGAAGCAGCACUCCGUGAUAUGUCUUUUAUAGCUAUUGCUGGAUGUGGCUCUUUUGGUAGCUUUUAAUGUGCUGAGAUGAUGAGUAGUGUAUCGUUUACUAUGUGUGAUCUUUCUGAUCAAAGAUUUUGGUUGUUUAGUACUUGCUGAAUGAAAUCCUCCUGACUUUUACUAUUAUUUGAUUUGGGUUUAGCCUGUUCUAUUGAAAUUUUUAGUUUGGGUA